UGUGUUGUUGCGGGGCCGCACGGCGUGCAGGUAACUUGCCAGCUCCCUGCAUCGCAGGUGAAGCGAAGCGACAAGUCGUGCGAUGCGUCGCCGACGGACGGGCAACGUCGCUACCGCUCUGGCCCAGCCUUCGCACCUCUAAACAGACGACAGCGCGAGUGAAGAGUCGCGAUGGCGGCGGACAAGCCAGUACAGGAGUGGACGGUAGGCGAGGUUGGCGAGUGGCUUCACGACGUGGGCUUGGGCAGGUACGAAGCCACUUUCGGCGAGCACCUGAUUGACGGGCGCGCUCUGCUGACCAUCUCGGAGUCAGACCUGCGGAAGCCGCCGCUCGAGAUUCGGCUUCUGGGGGACAUCAAGAACUUGAUGAUCUGCAUCCGAGAGCUGCAAUGGCAGAACGUGGCCGCUGUCAGGCAGCUGCUGGGACCCGGCGAGCUGGUGCCCGCGUCGACGGCCGCGCAGACCAUGAGCCGCCGAAAUUCGACGCGCAAGAGGCGCGGUUCCUCGGACGGCACAGCGCCGUCGACCGACGUUUCCUUCGAGUACGACGACGAUGAGAACACCGACGAUGGCUACUCCGUCGGAACGGCCGCUGCGAACGGCGGCGCCUGCAAGCAGCGCCGUUUCAAGCCCGAGAUCUGGAAGACGGUGGUGGGCAUGCUCUACUUCCUCGCCGUCACCUGGAUCACCGCCAUCGUGAUGGUCAUCGUGCACGACCGGGUGCCCGACAUGCAGACGUACCCGCCGCUUCCCGACAUCUUCCUCGACAACGUGCCACACAUUCCCUGGGCCUUCGCCAUGUGCGAGUUCACGGGCCUCGUGCUCUUCAUCGUGUGGGUGUGCAUCCUCGUAUGCCACCGGCACCGCUUCAUCCUCCUCCGGCGCAUGUUCUCCCUGUUCGGGUCCGUGUUCCUGCUGCGCUGCAUCACGAUGCUCAUCACCUCCCUCUCGGUGCCGGGAAAGCACCUGCAGUGUAAGGCCCGCCACGUCGGCGACUUCUCGGAGAAGAUAAGCCAGGCCUUCGUCAUAUGGCAAGGAGGCGGCAUGCUGAUCCAAGGAGUGCGCACCUGCGGGGACUACAUGUUCAGCGGACACACGACCGUGCUCACGCUUCUCAAUUUCUUCAUCACCGAGUACACGCCGCGCUCCUAUUACUUCCUGCACACGACUUCCUGGGUACUCAAUCUCUUCGGCAUCUUCUUCAUCCUGGCGGCGCAUGAACACUACUCCAUAGACGUGUUCAUCGCCUUCUACAUUUCCACCCGGCUCUUCCUGUAUUACCACACCCUGGCGAACAAUAGGGCGCUGAUGCAGAUGGACAGCAAGCGCACGCGAAUAUGGUUUCCACUUUUCUACUUUUUUGAGUCCGGUGUGGACGGCAUUGUCCCCAACGAAUAUGACACGCCUUUUAGUUUGCUAAAGUGGUUCAAGCGCAAGGCAGCCAACAUUGCUGUCAAGUUCAAAUUCAUCAAGACACUUUAGCACCAUGAAGGUGGCGUGUCAGCAGAAAUUGCACAGAGAUGCAACUGACAUGGUCAGCUGUGGUAUAUUUUUCAAAAUCCGUUGCUACAGGUCUUUGUGCGCAGAAUUUGUGAAUCCUGUCAUGCAGGGCUGAGGCAACAAUUCCCAUACAGAUAUAAAUUCGAACUGCUUAACCAAUCAAGCAUGCCCUGCAUACAAGCCUCUUGCACGAAACUCAUGCAGCAACGUUCCACUGCCCUUGGCAUCAUCAGUCUGUCAACACCUUUUUGCUACCUAACUAAGAUUGCAAAUUUCUGCACCAUGAACAGGUCUCAAGCUUGUUCUGAAACAGGCCAUGUGGAACGCUCACUUUAAUUACGCUGUUUAUAUUGGAGCACAGUAUCUCCAUAAUGCUGCACGUUGUGCUAUGCUGUUCCAUGUUUAAGUUUUUUGUGCACUCGAACAUCUUGUACUGGUGUGUCGAGUGUGACGAGUCCAUGGUGACGCAUCUGAACUUUCAGCCACACAACACCGGUUCCACGUUUUCUCUGUGCUUUGCCAGGUAACCACUGCUUCAGCUUGCCGAUGCCGCAAAUUGCUCUUGCUUUUUAUUUUGCCGUUGCUCUCAUGUGCUUCCUGAGUUGCCUUUGUAAACAUUCAGGAAGUCGUCCAUGAAGCACCAUUAUGAAAGGGCAUCUAAAUUUACACAUUGCUUAGUAGCCAUAUGGUGUGCACAUUUGCACAUGACAUCUCUGGUGCAUCUUUAUUUUGGGGAAAUUAUUCUCUCUGCUUGGUGCUUAUCAUGAUGGCUGCGCACGCCAGUGUCAUAAUGGUUGAAUGGAAAAUACUGUGCCAUCAUCUUAAUGCCUAGCUGCAUCAGACUGUCAGAAAUUGCGUAUCUUUCUUGAAAUGCAUUGCACAAUGUCUGGUUCUAGUUAGCCUUUAGUGCACCAUCAUUGGUGCCAGAACAUUGGCCAACAGUUAAUGCUUAGGAAUUCACCCUGCAUGGCUGUAAUCUCGAACACCUUUGCAAGGCAUGUCAAUUCACGUGCUCAUGGGGUUGUGUAAAAUAUUGCACCAGGUAUAUCAUGCGCAAUACUGCAUGCCUCUUCUGAAUCACUUGCAUGGUGUCCCUGCAAGCGUCUGCUCUUGUUUAUGCACUUGCGUGGGUGUCAAGCGUUGCCUGACACAUUGAAGUUCAAAGCAGACUUCACAUGUGUUUGUGGACAUUUGUUUGUACCACAUCAAUGUGCCUAUUGCCUUGAGCAUUGAUAGAAUGACAAUGGCACGACCAUUCUUGAUGAGUGGGUGCCAGUUUUAGACUUGGUACGAAGCAUUAAUGAGAAGAUUUGCACAUGCCGAAAUACCGUCACUUGCCCACGUAACUUUUCGUAGUGCCAAGCAUAAAGGAGCUAUGACACUUGUACUGCUGUUGACGCCGUGAAUCAUUGCUUUAUUGUUGCUCUUGGAGGCACUCGUGACUCAUACCUGUUGUUUAAUGAAAAAAGAUGUUGUGGCCCUUGAAACAGUGUUAAAGCAGGCGUAGCUUGACUGUGUGCCAUGUUUGGCACCUACAUUGAAAUUAUUAUUUUUAAUGACUUGUGCUCUCUUAACUCGUGACCACAGUGUGAAAAAGGGCACAAUUUAGAUUAAUAGUUUUCGAAGCCUGGCUGCAUUCCGCUAUUUUUUAUAUUAUAGUACAGCUCCUUGAAGCUACUUUUGUUUAGUAUGCACAGUUCAUUUAUAGAUUCUGAUCAGCUGAUGAUUUUACUUUAGUUCACAUUAAUCGACACUGUAUCUAAUGUAUUAUUGCAAUCCUUUGUCUUCCAUAUCUAAUUCAAAUAUGGAUCAGCAUGCUGCUCUGUGCCUUUUCUUGUUCAGUACACUUUUCACUUGCUUGUAACUUGUGUUUUGUAAAAAAAGAAGAAAAAAAAAGGCAUAGCCACUUAAUUACUCAGUAGGCUGUGUCUUCAUUAUGCACAAGCAGUCUUAUUUGGUGCAUACUCUUAGAAGAAGAAAGAAAGGACUUGCUUGGAAGGUGACUUCAAUUCUCCUAUUUAAAUAUAUGUGGAAUGCAGAAAUAUUCUCAUUAGAUCUUCGCUAAACUGUUUUGAACAAACUAUUGUAAUAAAAAUAGCAAGUUGGAUUCUUCUGAUGGUGGAAGAUUCUUAAUUAUGCCUUCAACUUUGUAAAAUCAAUGUUUUCAAUCAUUUAGUUAACAAAUAAAUAUAUAGGAGCACCAAAUUUACUGUUUCAUAACUCUGCAACAGGAACAGAUACCAGUACUGUAAACUGUACCUGUUAACAAAUAUGUACUGGGUUGCAGUUUACUUUGAAAGUUAACUUAUAAUAGAUGAAGCUCAAGGGAAUUGUGAUGUGUUUAUUUAUGGUGGAGGUGUUAGGUUGCUAACUCUGUGGUUCAAUUUAUUGAACUAUUUUCACGAUUUCUGGCUCCUUAAAAAAAGAUAAUUAUAAGGGCUGUAUGAAGAACUCAUUAUGUGCAGUUGCUAAAGUUCCCCUUUUUAAAUGUAGCACGUUACAUUCCGACUAGCUAAGAUGUGAUUGAAUGAGAGUGUUUUUGCAUUCCACAUGCAUUUUUGUGAGGAGGGCCUGAGAUAAAUGAUUCCUCUUAACAAUCACUGCUGCCACAUCUGUGUUACGACGUUAUCAUACCCUGUCCCCAAGCAUACUAAUUUCUACUCCAUUUGUUAUCACAAGGUAUAAGUGCUGCCCAGUGCAGAUCUUUUUUGUUCCUUUCUAUGCAUGUUCAAUGUAGUUAAUGUUGUUUGGUGGCGUUUGUACGAUACACAGCUAGGUGAUUAUGUCAAUGUUCAUAGCAGUCAUUGAAACUCCUUGAGAAACCACAAGUCUUGUAAAGAGCUUGAAAAAGACAAAAAUCUUCAAAUUUUGUUUUCUGCUGAGCCAAGCAGAUAUUUGUUUGGGCAUCUGGCCACAAGAUUGGUGCCAUCUCUUAUAAAAGUCAAGCUGCUGCAAUUCUAGUAGCUCUGUGAUGGCCGGCGGCGGUUUGCUUGCUAAGCCGUUUUCUUGAGCCUUUUCCCUUCACAUGGAAAAAGAAGUUUGCUCGUUCGUGAAAACAGUAUUUUGUUUUGACAUAGCAUUGCUUUGGUACUUGAUUAUGCUGUGGUUAAGACCUAAAAGUGCUCAAAAACAGUUUUUCUUCCACAGAAACUGCUACUAACUUUGUAAAGGAACUGUUGCAGCCAGGGAGUUACACAUAUUGCAGUGAUUAGUUGUUGCUUGUCUAGAGGACAAGCUUAUCUAUGUCUGCCACAUUUAGUUGCCCACGACGAGUCAAAAACCAACAAACUUCACUCAGUUGGCUCUGUGUCGCGCCGCCAUAGCAGCCUACCUCUAGAGACUCAGUAUAUAUACAUAUAUAGUUUAUUUAGUCCCUCAUAGAGUGAUAAUUAUAAUUGUUGCUGUGAUAUCUGUUAAAGGUAUUAAUAUGUUUACAUAUAUUUUGUUCUGUAUUAUGGUUCUUGUCACUCACGGAUCAAUCUCAAAAGGUGGCGUAUGUGUACUUCGACGAGGUGCUUGCACGAGAAAGCCCAAAGUUGGAAGCUACCGGCUAUAAAUUCCAAAAACCGCAAGUUGUAAAUUUCGAAGCUUGCAUGGUCUAUGCAACAUUUGUCCUUUUGUUAAUUGCAUAACAAGUCGCAAUAACUUGCAUUAAGCUUCUCCUAUUUAUGUAAGAACUGGUGGAUAAGUUAUUCAAUAAACUAAGUUUACAUGACAAAA